CUGGAUCGGAAAAUCAAUUCGACACAGGCAAACAAAAAGAAGAGUAUUUCACAAAAAGAUACAUUGAUAAAAGAGAGUGACUGAAUGGAAAAUUCAAUUCCACACCGGCAAACAGAAGAAGAGAAUCAUACGAAAAGAAGCAUAAACAUUAUGGAGGCUGCGGUCUUAGGGAAGAUACAAGAUCUCGAGAGUAUGCAUGUUAUAUAUACAGAUUACCUUAGACGUUUCAACGUCGAGAAAAAAAUUAAAAUGCUUAAAGAGAUGUUGGAUUUCACGAGAGAGUUGAAAAUGGAAGAGAGGAGCAGACUAAAAUAUUUGAUGGCUGACUUGGUCGAGUUGGCUCAAGAUGUUAUGGACCUGAGCUUUGAAAUUAACAUUUUCAGCCGCACCUUUAGGAACCUCGAAGAUGAGAUCAAGAUGACAAAGAUGCGGAUGACAAAGUUUGGAGCUGGUAAGAAAAAUAUUGGAGACGAAAAAGAAGAAGAAGAAGUUGUGGUGGGGUUGGAGGAAACCGUUAAGAAGUUGGUUAAGAAAGCGAUUGUACCAAAUUAUUAUGACUCGCAGAUUAUGACUAUAAAAGGCAUGAUUGGUAUCGGGAAGACAACUCUCGCCAGACAAGUGUACAAGGCCAGGGCUAGCCAGUUCCAGUGUCAUGCUUGGGUAUCCAUUUCUAGUGACACGAGUAAGAAAGAGAUACUUAUGAAACUGAUUCACCAAAUGGUGGAAGGAUAUGAAAGAGAUCCGUCAUUGGAAGAAAUGGACAACAGAAGUCUCCAACAGAUGCUUCGUCAGCACCUCCAAGGAUUGUUAUAUUUCAUAGUUUUGGACAAUGUGUCAAGAGAAGCGGAAUUGGAGUACAUCUUGAAAUGUCUUCCAUCUCCAGGCCAUACUGGAACCAGGUGUCUGUUACUGUUAACAAGUUGCAAUGAGAUUAGCACAACUGAAAACCAUUAUACUUAUGAGAUGCAAGUUUUGGAUUCUGAUAAGAGCUGGCAAUUGUUUUUGAAAACAGUCGAUAAAAUUACAAGUGAAAAGAACAAAUUCUCAAAGGAGUUGGAGAGGAAGGGCAGAGAGAUGCUGAAAAAAUGUUGGGGUUUGCCGAUGGCUAUAAAAAAUGUUGCAAGGAAGAAAGCAAAACAAAGACUUUCAGGGAUGGCAUGGGAAGAACUUUUUGAUUCAAUUGAUUUGAGUGAAUCAUUGAAGUUAUUGGAACCGAUGUAUUUGGAAUUGGAGAAAGAGCUCAAGCCACAUUUCUUGCUUCUUUCUCUCUUCAAGGAGAAUGCAAUAAUGAGAGACGAAAAGUUGGAACAGAUUUGGGCUACAAAUGGAUUAGAUUUUGAAAAAGGUAUAAGGGGUUUAGCUCGUAGGUCGAUUAUUGAAGUCUUUGAGCAUGGCUUCCACAUGGGAAAGAGAAAGUGUCACCUCAAUCCUCUACUACACAUGCUAUCAAGCAGAAAAUCAGAGGAAGAAAUGGGCUUGGAAAUUUUAAGCAGCAAUGGAAAUAUUAGACCUUCUCAGAGUGCCCGUCAUCGUGUUAUCCAUUGUGAACGUGGGAAGUUUAAUUAUUUCACGAAUCAAGAUAGUGAACAACUUCUUUCUCUCAUCUUCCAUGGAGGCGGUGGCUACUUAGACAAUGCUAGCUCGUCUUAUUGGGAGAGUUUUGAACGAGUCAAAAUACUUGACAUGGAAGAUUUUGGGGUGAAGACUUUAUCAGAUUCAAUCGGCACAUUGAUUGAGUUAAUUUACUUGGGAUUGAGAAAUAAUUACUUACAAGCGAUCCCACACUCGUUGGGGGGCUUGAAAAAUCUCGAGGCUCUUGACAUAGCUCAAAACUUUAUGGUGGAGGUCCCGGACAUUAUAUGGGAAAUGGACAGCCUUCAUCAUCUCCACAUGUCUAAUGUGAUUUUCCAGAAGCCCUUGAAAGUUGAUAUGCUGUUGAAACUGAAAUCUCUAACAUACAUCUCGAUUUAUGAUCUCGACAUGUCUAAUGUGAUUGAACUCCGAAAGUUGGGCAUUGAAGAAGUUGAUGAAAACUCAGAUUUAGGAACACUCUUUGCAACACUAGCUAAGGUUACGAACUUUGAGAUGCUUUUCGUGAGAGGGUUUCGUUCCAGAAGAAUUCCAUGUUUGGACGGAAUUGGUGUUAUUAAAUACCUCAAGGUACUAAAACUGGAAGGGUGUAUAGGUAGGAUACCAAGUGCAGAUAAUAUGCCUCUUCAUAUUGACUGCAUAACAUUGGUAAAUACUUGUCUUGCCGAAGACCCCAUGCCAAUAUUAGAGAAGCUCCAAUUCCUAACCCACCUCAAACUGCAAAAUGCAUACACUGGUCGAGAAAUGGUGACCCAGGGCGACGGAUUUUUCCUGCUCCAAGUGCUUUGCAUCAAAGAUCUGUGGAAUCUUAGAAAAAUUGUAGUUGAUGGUAUAGCAAUGUUGCAUGUCGAGGAAAUAGAAAUCAGUAACUGUCCAAAGCUGGAGACACUCCCGGAAAAGAUUCAGGUGAGGUCUCACCUGCAAAAGUUUAAAAUGGUAACAACCAAACACAUUGCAACAAAGAUCAGAAAUUCAGGUUUGACCUCUAAAUUUUUUGAGGUGGAUAUCUCUCCAUAGUUUGAAGUUGAUAUAUAUCUGGGCCUCACAAUCACGAGACAUAGAAGUCACCAUAUAGAAGGCCCAACAGCUGGACGACCAAAGAGGAAGAGAUCGCGUCUAACGAAAUUCGGAGAUUUCAUCAAUUACUAGACCAUUAUUCUGUAAUAUUUUCUUGUUUUAUCUUUGUUUUAUUUUCGCAAGAAUAUUAUGUUUUAUUAGAUAGUUAGAGUCAAUCUUAGGUUUUCUUCUUAAUUCAUUCCCAAGUCGUAAAGUCCGAAUUA